ACACGCAGACAGAGAGAGAGAGAGAGAGAGCACAAAACACACUCCUCAAUUGACGCAUCAUUAGCGACAGCCGCAGUGGCUGGGUAGAGAGGCGGGAGGCAUUGUCGCGGCUGCCGCAGCCGGCCAUGGCGAGCGCGCUGAACGGGGGAGGCGGCGGCGCCGGCGGGGUGCUGAAGAAGAUGGGCGUGCUGCGGGUGCAGUACUACUGCGUGAUGGGCGCGGUCGCCGCCGCGGUGGUGCUCGCCACGCUGCGCUAUAUGCCGGGCGCCGCCGGCGGCGGCGGCAGCGUCGUCCGGGCGACCCCCGCCGCCGCCGCUGCCGCAGCAGCUCCCGGCAGUGGUGAGGGCGUCGGGGAGACCACCGGAGGGAAAAAGAAGAAGAAGGAACCGGGCGUGGUGCUGUUUAACUUCGGCGACUCGAACAGCGACACGGGCGGCGUGGCGGCGGUGAUGGGGAUCCGCAUCGCGCCGCCGGAGGGCCGCGCCUACUUCCACCACCCCACCGGGCGCCUCUCCGAAGGCCGCGUCAUCCUCGACUUCAUCUGUGAGAGCCUGGGCACGGACCAUCUGAGCCCGUACAUGAAGCCGCUGGGCUCGGACUUCAGCAACGGGGUCAACUUCGCCAUCGCUGGCUCGACGGCGACGCCCGGGGAAACCACGUUUUCUCUGGACGUGCAGCUGGAUCAGUUCCUAUUCUUCAAAGAAAGAUGCCUGGAGUCCAUCGAGAGAGGUGAGAGUGCCCCAAUUGAUCAGCGGGGGUUUCAAACUGCUAUAUACACUAUGGACAUUGGGCAUAAUGACAUAAAUGGCGUUCUCCACUUGCCCUAUGAUCAAAUGCUUGCAAAGCUUCCGCCCGUAGUUGCUGAAAUCAAGAAGGCCAUCGAGACAUUGCAUAAGAAUGGGGCCAGGAAGUUUUGGAUACACGGGACGGGAGCACUAGGAUGCAUGCCUCAGAAGCUUUCUAUUCCGAGGGACGACGACAGCGGUCUCGAUGAGCAUGGAUGCAUCACAAGCAUCAACAAUGUUUGCAAGAAGUUCAAUGCGUUGCUGAGCGAGGCCUUGGACGAUUCACGCUUAACGCUGAAAAAGGCGACGAUCGUCUUUGUGGACAUGUUCGCUAUCAAGUACGAUCUUGUUGCCAACCACACGAAAUACGGGAUUGAGAAGCCGUUGAUGACAUGCUGCGGUCAUGGAGGGCCCCCUUACAACUACGACCCCAAGAAGAGCUGCAUGACCUCAGACAAUGACCUAUGUAAGCUUGGCGAGAAGUUCAUAAGCUGGGAUGGGGUCCACUUCACCGAUGCUGCAAACGGCAUAGUAGCUUCUAAAGUACUCAGUGGUGAAUACUGCAUUCCCAGAAUCAAGCUGGCCACUCUGAUCUAGUCUGAUUCAUGAUGAUACGCCAUGGAAGCCCUUCAUUUGGUUUGUCUCAAGGAUGAUGAUGAAGAUGAAACUACUAACAGAACUGACCCCCAAAGUUAAUUAUUAUGAGGUUCUUACUUCUUACAGCCAUUGCGGAAGAGGAUUUUUUUUUGGGGGGGGGGGGGGGUACAAUUGGGGUGUGUGUAUACCUAGGGGAGAUGCAGAUGUCUGUACCAUGUUUUUUUUUUCUGAAUUUUGAUCAAUAAAUAGAGAUGAAUGUGUAACAUGGUUUUAUCAAUUUGUGGACAAAUUUCAACAUUCUACUGGCCAUGCCUUUUAUUCCCCUUGGGGGGUUACAAUUGGGGUGUGUGUAUAUCCUAGGGGAGAUGCAGGUGUCUGUACCAUUUUUUUUUUCUGAAUUUUGAUCAAUAAAUAGAGAUGAAUGUGUAACAUGGUUUUAUCAA